AUGACCCUCAUAACAUCACUCGACACGACCGAGACCACGACGGUUGCCCCUACAACAACAACCUCGGAAGAACCCGCCGUCACAACUUUCAAUAUCGUCGCCGAGGGUGGUGCAGUAGAUGGCAUAGUAAUGGGCCAGAAGGAAGAUUAUUACAAUCUCCAAUUCUCCACAAACCCAGCCUGGGAACCCGUCGCCCUCAUCCUCGAAGAAGGCACGGGCUAUCUCCGCCGCGCCGACCCGUACCGCCCCAACUUCCCACUCGUCUGCAUCCGCUGGGGUUCCGGUACAGUCCCCAACCCAGGCUGGUUCAUCGAUUGCUCAGCGUCAGACACAUACUACGGCGCGCCUAUUAAAUGCGACCUCAAAACUAGCGGCGAACUCUCUUGCUCAAUUUCUGCCGGACACUGUAGACACUAUACCAUCCCCCCGAGGGACAACGAUGCUUGGGAUUGCCAGGCGGAUGAUGGCGUUUUUCGGAACUUUUAUACGGAGGAGAGUACGGAUGAGGACGAUGUUACUUACUAUGACCCCUGGAUGGGCUUUGGAGGAUAUGAAGGGAAAGGCUUCUAUAAUCCCUUGGAACCAGUGACGUUCCGUUGGAGAAGUGCGGAUUAG